UUCCCGGAAUGCGCUUCCUGCUGCCGCUGGACUGGGGGCGGGCGGGGAGGCCCAGGCGGGGCGGGGAGGGCGGGGGGCGGCGCGGCCCGAGCCCGGGGCGCGCACUCCGCCCGGCCCGGGCCCCAGCAUGGCCGAGCCGCUGCUCAGGAAAACCUUCUCCCGCCUUCGGGGCCGGGAGAAACUUCCCCGGAAAAAGUCGGACGCGAAGGAGCGCGGCCGCCCAGCCCAGCGCCAGGAGCCUAGCCCUCCAGAGCCAGAGCCCCAGGCCCUGGAAGGAUCCCAGCCUGGAGCAGAGGGGCCUCCCAGCCCCGAAGAAUCUCGUAGCCCGGCUCGGGGUGCCUACCUGCAGAGCCUGGAGCCCAGCAGCCGCCGAUGGGUGCUGGGUGGGGCCAAACCACCGGAGGAGGCUGCUUUGGGGCCUGGGGCACCUGGCAGUGGAGAGCCUGCUGGUGAGAUCUGGUACAACCCCAUCCCUGAAGAGGACCCCAGACCUCCGACAGCUGAGCCCCCAGGGCUGCAGCCAGGCUCAGCUGAGCCAGAGAGCCUGACUUCCCCAGGCACAGCCCCUGCCAGUCCCCCAACCAAAGCCUCCCGCACCAAGUCUCCUGGCCCAGCCAGGCGCCUCUCAAUGAAGAUGAAGAAGCUGCCCGAGUUGCGGCGCCGCCUGAGCCUGCGGAGCACCCGGGCUGGCCGAGAGCGUGAGCGGGCCGCCCCAGAGGGCUCAGUCAUCAGCCGUUACCACCUGGAUAGCAGCGUAGGAACCCCGGGGCGGGCGGCAGUGGCUGAGGGCGCACGGGGCCUGAGGGCUGGUUACCUCAGUGAUGGCGACUCACCCGAGCGCCCAGCAGGGCCCCCAUCACCCACUGCCUUCCGCCCCUAUGAGGUGGGCCCAUCAGCCCGGUCGCCCCCGGCUGCACUCUGGGGCCGCCUCAGCCUGCACCUGUACGGGCUGGGGGGGCUACGGCCAGCACCUGGGGCCACUCCACGAGACCUCUGCUGCCUGCUGCAGGUGGAUGGGGUGGCGCGGGCCCGAACGGGGCCGCUGCGUGGGGGGCCAGACUUCCUGCGUUUGGACCACACCUUCCACCUUGAACUCGAGGCUGCCCGGCUGCUGCGGGCCCUGGUGUUGGCAUGGGACCCAGGCGUUCGGCGGCACAGGCCCUGCGCCCAGGGCACUGUGCUGCUGCCCACAGUUUUCCGAGGAUGCCAGGCCCAGCAGCUGGCCGUGCGCCUGGAGCCCCAAGGACUGCUAUAUGCCAAGCUGACCCUGUCAGAGCAACAUGAAGCACCAAGCACAGCUGAGCCCCGUGUUUUCGGGUUGCCCUUACCACUGCUGGUGGAGCGGGAGCAGUCCCCAGGCCAGGUGCCCCUUAUCAUCCAGAAGUGUGUCGGGCAGAUCGAGCGCCGAGGGCUGAGGGUAGUGGGGCUAUACCGUCUGUGCGGCUCAGCAGCUGUGAAGAAAGAGCUUCGAGAUGCCUUUGAGCGGGACAGUACAGCUGUCUGCCUCUCUGAGGACCUGUACCCUGAUAUCAAUGUCAUCACUGGUAUUCUCAAGGAUUAUCUUCGGGAAUUGCCUACCCCACUCAUCACCCAGCCCCUCUAUCAGGUGGUGCUGGAGGCCAUGGCCCGAGGGCCCCCAAGCAGGGCCCCCCAGAGCACUGAAGGCACACGUGGGCUCCUCAGCUGCCUGCCAGAUGUGGAGAGGGCCACGCUGACUCUUCUUCUGGACCACCUGCGCCUUGUCUCCUCCUUCCACGCCCACAACCGCAUGACCCCGCAGAACCUGGCAGUGUGCUUCGGUCCCGUGCUGCUGCCGGCGCGCCAGACACCCACCAGGCCCCGCAUCCGCAGCUCUGGCCCAGGCCUCUCCAACGCUGUGGACUUCAAGCGCCACAUCGAGGUGCUGCACUACCUGCUUCAGGCCUGGCCAGAUCCCCGCAGGCCCCCAGAGGCUCCGGAGUUAGUCCCGUACCUGCGGCCCAAACCACAGCCGCCGCUGCACUUGCCGCUAGCGGGCCCGGAUGUGGUGACUCGGCCUCGCGACCGAAGCGGCCCCGAGAGCCCCCCGAGCAAUCGCUACGCCGGUGACUGGAGCGUUUGCGGGAGGGACUUCCUGCCCUGUGGGCGGGACUUCCUGCCCGGGCCAGACUACGACCACGUGACGGGCAGCGACAGCGAAGAUGAGGAAGAAGUGGGUGGUGAGACGACAGGCGCCACCGACUUCGAAGACGAUUUCGAGGCGCCCUUCAACCCGCACCUGAACCUCAAAGACUUUGAUGCCCUCAUCCUGGACCUGGAGAGAGAGCUCUCCAAGCAGAUCAACGUGUGCCUCUGAGCCGGGCGGGGCUGGACCCCAUCACUAAGGCCGGGCUCCUGGCUGCCAGGGUGGUACCCUACCGAUCUAGGGGUGCCAGACUUGUAGCUCAGGCCUAGCUCCUGGUUCUUGGGAAGUUACCUAGAGGCCAGCCAUCCCGUUGAUGAGAAUCAUUCCUCGUUUCCAGUGCUCAAUAUUUGGACACUGGUUGCGAAGACCAGGGUCUGGGGAUUUUAGGGACCAUCUACUGUGGCCAUUUUUUCUGAGUACAAAGGGCUUUCUGCCGAGGCUGCCAAAAGGCAGUUCUGCUUGCAGGGCUGGCCUCUCUUGCCUCUCCUUGGCCAGGGUUAACACCAGUUACUGUGAGCAUCACCCUGGGAUGGUGAGACACCCACCCCCAAAGACAGUCCUCUUGCUGCUGCCAACCAAAUCAGUAUUAGCUUUGAGCACUGCACUCUUGCUUCUCCUUCGGCGGGCCCAAGGACUAUCAUGAGAUGCUGUCUGAGGCAGGGUUCGGGAGAGCCCCCCUCCCAAGCUCUGGCUGGAGAGGGGCAGCCUGGGGCUUAUAUAGGAAAACAGCUGGUUUUCCCACUGCUUUUUUCUAGAGAAAAAUCCCACAAUUGCCUCAAACCAGCAAAUGGAGACAGCAGAGUCUGGCCCUUCCCCUCCCCAACUCUUCCUCCCCAUUCCUGAAGAAACUGAGCACUUAUAUGACCUCCCUUUAGGAGGGGCCCCACCUGAAGUGUCAGGCUGGGAGCACUUUGGUACGGAACAUAUUUAUUGCCUCCAUGCAUGUGUGUCUGUGUGUGAGGACUAGUGUGUAUGGACAUGUCUAGAGUAAGCAUGUGGGGCUUUCAGGGACCACAGAGCGGGGAAAGAGUUUGCAGUGCCAGGGCACCCUGAAAUCCCCAUAGUGGUGCCUCAGUGGGCCCCAGAAUUCCAGUGGGAGAGUAGGGCCCCCUCUGUCUCCUCUCUCUUUCCCUCACUUCCAUCUUUGUGGACAAUAAACCAAUAUGCACAGGUUCUGGAAU